AUUGGUUCAGUGCCCAGUCCAGUCCUGGCACUGGAGUGGAGGAAUCCAGGGAGCUCGGAGGCCGCCAUGGGGCUGCUGACAGGGGAAGCACUGUGGGCCGUGGCCGUGGCCGUGGCCAUCUUCCUGCUCCUGGUGGACCUGAUGCACCGGCGCCAGCGCUGGGCUGCUCACUACCCGCCGGGCCCUGUGCCUCUGCCAGGGCUGGGCAACCUGCUGGAGAUGGAUUUCCAGAACCUGCCAUACUGCUUCUACAAGCUGCAGCGCCGCUUCGGGGAGGUGGUCAGCCUGCACCUGGGCUGGAGGCCAGCGGUGGUGGUGAACGGGCUGGAGGCCGUGCGCGAGGCGCUGGUGAAGCACAGCGAGGACACCGCUGACCGCCCGCCCAUGCCCGCGCUGGAACACCUGGGCUUCGGACCCAGAUCUCAAGGGCUGUUCAUGGCCCGCCACAGCCACGCCUGGCGCGAACAGAGGCGCUUCUCCGUGUCCACCCUGCGCAACUUCGGCCUGGGCAAGAAGUCCCUGGAGCAAUGGGUGACCCAGGAGGCCGGCUGCCUCUGUGAGGCCUUCGCUGACCACUCCGGUCACCCGUUCAGCCCCAAGGCUCUCCUGAACAAAGCCGUGUGCAACGUGAUCGCCUCCCUCAUCUGCGCACGCCGCUUCGAGUAUGAUGACGCCUCCCUGGACAGAAUAUUGGCGCUGUUGCAGAACAAAAUGAAUGAGGAGUCCAGCAUCAUAACUGUGUUGCUGAACGCAGUCCCCGUGCUCCUGCGCAUCCCCGGGCUGCCUGGGAAGUUCUUCCCUGCACAGAAAGCCUUCAUGGCCCUGCUGGAUGAGCUGCUGGCAGAGCACAAGAUGACCCGGGACCCCGCUGAGCCACCCCGAGACCUGACUGACGCCUUCCUGGCUGAGUUGGAGAAGGCCAAGGGGAACCCCGACAGCAGCUUCAAUGAGGACAACCUGCGCCUGGUGGUGGCUGACCUGUUCACCGCAGGGAUGGUGACCACCUCGGUCACGCUCUCAUGGGCCCUGCUGCUCAUGAUCCUGCACCCGGAUGUGCAGCGCCGCGUGCAGCAGGAGAUCGAUGAGGUGAUCGGGCAGGCCCAGCGGCCAGAGAUGGGAGACCAGGCCCGCAUGCCCUUCACCUGCGCGGUGAUCCAUGAGGUGCAGCGCUUUGCUGACAUUGCCCCCUUGGGCGUGCCGCAUAUGACAUCAAGGGACAUUGAUAUCCGGGGCUUCCUCAUCCCCAAGGGCACCGCGAUCCUCACCAACCUGUCGUCAGUGCUGAAGGACGAGCGCGCCUGGGAGCAGCCCUUCCGCUUCCACCCUGCACACUUCCUGGACGCCCAGGGCCGCUUUGUGAAGCCUGAGGCCUUCAUGCCCUUCUCAGCAGGCCCCCGCGCGUGUCUCGGGGAGCCCCUGGCGCGCAUGGAGCUCUUCCUCUUCUUCACCUGCCUCCUGCAGCGCUUCAGCUUCUCGGUGCCCGCAGGCCAGCCCCGGCCCAGCACCAUUGGCGUCUAUGAAACUGUGGUGAUGCCAGCCCCCUACCAGCUGUGCGCUGUGCCCCGCUAGAGGCCACCAAGUCCCCACUCCACCCCAACGGCACAGCUGUGCCCAACCUCGCAUGUGCUGGCUCUACCCAGAACCCCCAGGACCGCCCCCUUUCCUACCUGUGUGUCACCUCUGCACCCUAAUGGUGCUAUGUGGAACCUCAACAGCCCCCUUUGCAUCACCCGCAAUCCUCCCGGGACACAAGGCUUUCUGCCCAAGUCAUGAACAGAGCCUUCCAUGGCGCCUGUGUCAGGAGGAGGUAUCAGUGCUCGGGUGAAGGAGGGGGGUAGGAUGCAUCUGGACACCCUAUUUCAGCCCCAUCUCUAAAACCCCAUGGCAAGGAGAGGCCUCUCAGAUAC